CGCUAAGUGUAGACGACCCAAUCAUAGCUUAGAAAAUGGCAGCAGCUUGAGAAAUUUCUCAAUUACUCAUCGUACAAUUGUGUUAUUACCGGAAAACAUUUUCACUCCAGCCGAGUUAUAUUUCAAAAGAUCUACAACAACGUUUCCAUUGCAAAAUACUUUUUCCCGCGAAUUGUGAAAAAAAAAAGGCGUCGAGAGCGUGGACAUCAGAUUUGCGCACAUUAUGGAUCUUUUUAUUGAAAACGCGCUCGAAUUUUCAAUGUGAAAAAAAAACUAUUGUUUCUUAAAACAAAAACAAAAUGUGGUUCGAACGGUUUGGCACACUUUGAGGACAGCUUAUCACUGUAUGAAAUGUUGCAAGUUCAGCAAAACUCUUUCUGCAGCCUGAGCAUUCAUCAUCUAGAUUUAAUGAAAAUCAUUGGUGAACAAAAAUGCCAGGCUGUGCUGCAAUUGGUUGCAACAAUCGCAGUGAGAAGGGUUUUACUAUGAAAUGUUUUCCUCGUAAUCCAAAGUUGAGAAAAAUUUGGACAGAAAGAGUAUCGAGAGCAGAUUGGGAGCCGUCAAACAAUUCGUUCCUUUGUCACGUACAUUUUGAGGCAGAUCAGUGGACGAUAACGCAGAGUGGAAGAAUAAAGUUGAAAAAGAACGCGAUCCCAUCGAUAUUUACUGUUACGUCAACACGAAAAUCACCAAGGAAGAGGAGGAAGCUGGUUCACAGCGAAGAAGAAGAUAUUUACAUAAUUGAGUAUCUGGACGAUCCCACGAACCAUAAAAUCUCGUCGAAAACAGUGAAUUCAAGUUACGGUUGUUAUUCAACGAGUAAUUUGCCCACGAUCGUAAGGUCAGGUUUCUCACGCUCUUCGUGUCGUACGACAAGUGAAAGUGUUAUGGAUACGACCGAAAUGCCUGAAACAAUCGUCGUUUCUGACGGCAUGAGUGACGAGAGUAUAAAAGAGAUAAAAGGUGCAAACGGUGUCACUAACGACUCCAAAGUAUCGGAAACUCCGAAUGACUCGGAAGUUGUAAUAAAAAAGGAAUCACCGCCAAAUUCGAAUCACGAACUCGACGAGAUCGAGGAAAAAUUACGAUUCAUUUGCGACGGUGAGCCACAGAAAGACGACAAGAAUACUAUAGAAAAAGAAAUCAAUAGGAAAUGUCAACUUGACGAAGAUAAAAGCAUGACUGCAAAGUUCAACGAAGAUGAAAAAACGACACCUAAAGAUUCAAGCAGCGGUAACAAUGAAAAAUGUACAAAGAGUCAAGAGAACGUUGGCAUAAACUCGAGUAAUCGUAAAAGACAAUCGACGUUUGAAAUAACCUCCGAUGCGAAAAAGCCGCCCGUUACAAACGGAAUAAUCAGCUCGAAUGUUAAUUAUGAGAAACCUGAAACCGAAAGCUCUGCAACGGCAAAAAGAUCGACGUUUACAAUCAAAUUAACGGGUAUCGACGAAGACGUAACAGAAAUCGUCGAGGGUUUGGGAACAGAACCGAUUUUAAAGUACAAAUCGAGCAAUGAUUCGUCCAACACCAACAAAAAUUUAGUCACAUCAGUGAUAUCUGUAACUGACAACUUCGUAAUAAAAUCAGAAAAUUGGAUAAAGAACACUGAACGAAAAUUGGAGUCGCGUCUAUCGCCAAGCUUGGAAAUCAAGCAAGAACCAGAAAUUAAUGGAAUAGAAGACAAAAGUUCGACAAAGCUUUCGUUAGAACCGCCAGGAGAUGAUGACGACUCGACGGAUCGUCAACAACUGAGGAAAAAGGUCAAGUUUCAAGAGGACGUGAUAAGAAAGCUAAGAAGCCAAUUGAACGCUAGUAAAGAAGCGCAAUCGUCAACAAAUUACAUAAACACGAGAUCUCAAACGAAGGGAAAAGUGAUUAUUCCAAAAUCGUGUAAUGGUGAUUGUCAAAACGAAAGCAAAGAUAAGUUGAUCAAAGAUCUAUCAAAGAAAAUUGAACACUCAAACGAGACUAUUUCGAGGCUUCACAAGAGUCUAAACGAGGAAAGGCAAAACGUCAAAAACGCUCUUCUACAAAUUCGCCAAAGAGACAAUCGUAUCAAAGAAAUGAACUGGAAAUUGAACAAGGCUUCGAAAUACAUAGAAAGAGCUGAAAAAAAUGCUAAUAAUUACAGGAAAAAAAUGACGAAUCUUCAAAAUAUACUUGCCAAGAAAAAUCUCGAGGCAGAAACUUGUAGGAACUCAAACAACUUUAAAUUGACGGUACCAGCCGAUACGAUUAGAAAAGAAUACAGAACGUUUUCGAGUGAUGUUUGUUCUGCAGUAAUCGUUGAAGAAAAUGAUCAUGAAACAACCAACAACGAAAACGUCAUUUAUCAAACGGUUCAAGAUAUUUUCGAAGAAAGUAAUCAUGGCGAUGAUGAUCCGAUGAUCGACAAUCCUGAAGAUUUUAUGCGUCAAUUCGCAGGUUCUCUUUAGAAAAAAAAAACAAUUUC